UGUAGACACGAACAGAACAGAAACCAUCGGUAAGGUAGCGAACUACGUGAAGAUAGUAUAUUUUUUUUUUCGAGUCGCUAAAAACAGUUUUCAUAGAUGCUUCCAUUCGCAAAAAGAGCUUAUUUGCAAAAUUUGACAUAAUUCGAAGCAUGACAGUUUUCCUAAGAAUAGCCGAAAAAAGAAUAUUAACUUGUUUAUUUGAAGCCUUAAGCGCACCCUACGAAUGUACCGAUUUAUACACACAUAUAUACAUCGGUGUAAACUUCUAAAACGCAAUCACACAUAAUCUGACGCAAGACUACAAGAGUAGAUCUGAUAACGUGAAGGUAAUAAUACAAAUAAUUGUCAAGAUGAACGGCUUAUCGGAAAAUGAUAGUUCUGAUAGUAGCGAUGAAUUUACAAUUGAUACUGAGAAAAAUAAUUCACAUUCAAAAUUCUUCACCAAAACAAAGUCUAAGUCUAACAGAAUUGUAUCUGAUAGCGACACCGAAAAUGAAAGCACCGAUGAAGAAGAUUUUAACGAUGUCAAUCAAACAAAUAACAUUGAACUUUUUACUCAGGUUUUAAAAAAUUUAGAAUAUUCACAAAAUCUUGGAAUCAACAAUGAUAAUAAUGGAAAAGAACAGUCUGAGGACUGUCCUGUGUUGUCAAAGAAAGAAGAAAAAAUACAAAACUUGAACACAGAAACACAGGAUAAUGUGUCUUUCAGUGAAAUAAAUGAACUUCUUCUUCAGGGUGAAAGCAGUACAAAGUCAUCACGGAAGUCGAAUUCUUUGAAUACUGUAAAAAAUGAAGAUGUCGAAACUUCUAAUGAAUAUACCAUCCCAAAAGAUGGUGUUAAAAUAACUUUACCUGGUACAAGUCUUCAAAUAUUCAAGAAAAAAAAAAAGAAAGGAGGCCCAGACUUAAAAGCAAUUUUGAGAAAACGAAUAAGAGCUAGUGAAUUAUUGAUGGAAAAAGUAGGAUUACUCUGUUGGUUAGCCUAUGGAUUCUUUUUAAAUCGCCAGAUUAAUCAGCCUGAAAUAAUGUCAUCUGUAUUGUCUUUAAUUUCAGCUUCUAAUUAUCCAAAAAAAAGAAUUGAUCUUGUAUAUUUAGAAAAGUUUACCAAAUGGUUUAAGCAUAUAUUUUCAUUUGAAACCGUUGAAACCAAUGGUAAUAAACGUAUAAAUAAAGAAGUAUUAUUGAAGAUAAUACAGGAAAAAAAAAUUUCUGAUUAUAAAGAACUUGUACUAUUGUAUAUUGUUGCAUUAAGAGCUCUAGGUUUAAAUUGUCGGUUGGUAAUAUCUCUUUCACCACCACAUAGAGCAUUAUCAACUAAUAAUCCAUUAUUUAAACCUGAAAACUCUAAAGGAGAGAGCAAAUCAAAAAGUAAAUCUAAUGUAGCUAAAGAAGGAAAUGUAUCAAAAAAAGUUAAGAAAGAAAAAAAGGAAGAAGUUGAUAGUACAAACAUAAUUAAAAAUAGUCCAGAAGCAAAGAAAAAUGCUAAUAUGGAAGCAAAAAAAAAGGCAGCUGAAAUUUUACGUUCCAAGCCACUAAAGAAUACAAAGAAGAACAAAUCUGUUGAUGUCAAAACUGAUAGCAAGGCAGCUUCAACAUCGAAUAAUAAGAAUAGUGAUACAAAAGAUGAAUCUAAAAAUAUGGAUCAGGAAAAAAGCACAAUAAAUUUGAGACAAUUAAGAUCUCGUAAGGUGAAUGCUGCUUCUAAUGAUAAUACAACAGCAACAGAAACUGAUGGUACAAAAUCAAAAUAUUAUAUAAAAGAAGAGUCUACUGAUUCUGAAGCAGAAUUUCAACCUACACCAAAACGUCCAGCAAGUACGAAGAAUUCGGAUAAGAAAGAAAUACCAAAAGCUUCUAAAAGUAAUAACAAACGUAAUACAAAAUUAUUGUCUUCUGAUAGUGAAACGGAUGAAACAAAUAAAACAAAGAAAGCACAGGAUAUUUGGGCUGAAGUAUAUUUAGAAUCAGAGGAAAGUUGGAUUUGUGCAAGUGUAAUGGAUGAAAAGAUCCAUUGUGUGACAGAUAUAUAUAAAAAAGCAAAAAAGCCUGUAUUAUACAUAGUUGCUUGGAAUUCUGAGAGUUUAAUAAAAGAUGUGACUAGACGUUAUUGUCCUCAUUGGCUCACAGUUACACGUAAACAACGUAUUGAUGAGAAAUGGUGGCAAGAAACUUUAUCCUAUUGGAAGGAAAAAGACACUGCUAUUUCUAAAGCUGAAGAUGAGAUGUUGUUACAAAAGGAAUUGGAGCAGCCAUUGCCUAAAACAAUUGGUGAAUGCAAAGGACAUCCAUUGUAUGUAAUUGCAAGACAUUUACUGAAAUUUGAAGCAUUAUAUCCUCCAGACUGUGUACCACUAGGACACACCAACACAGGUGAUGCUAUUUACUCACGUCAUUGUGUGCAUACACUUCGUUCAAGAGAAACGUGGUUAAAACAGGCGAGAGUCGUAAAACCUAAACAAGAACCUUACAAGAUAGUUAAAUCUCGUCCAAAGUAUGAUAAGCUUUCGGGAAUGAGAAUUAAAGAUUCAGCAUUAGAAAUAUUUGGUGAAUGGCAAACUAUGCCAUAUGAACCACCAGAAGCUAAAGAUGGUAUUGUUCCACGCAAUGAGUAUGGAAAUGUAGAUUUGUUCCAGCAGUCUAUGCUUCCAAAAGGCACCGUUCACAUAAAUCUUCCAGGUCUAAAUCGUAUUGCUAAAAAGCUAAAUAUUGACUGUGCACCAGCAGUGGUGGGUUUCAAUUUUGGAUGUAUGGGCGCGGUACCCGCUAUCGAAGGUUACAUUGUUUGCUCAGAAUUUGAAGAUACGCUACGAGAAGCUUGGGAAGCAGAGCAAGUUGAAGCUGCUAAACGAGCAAGAGAGAAACAAGAUAAACGAGUAUACGGUAACUGGAAGAAGUUAAUUCAUGGAUUACUCAUAAGGGAACGACUGGCAAUGAAAUAUGAAUUUUCGAAAGAAGAUAAAUCGGUUACGCCCAAUAAACGAUCAAAAAGUAAAAAAGCAGAUGCGAAGAAACCUAAAAUUUCCUAAGUUUCUAUGUUUAUAGAACGAUCUCUAUUAUAUUGGACAGAAAAAAUUUUCAGUUCUUAAUUUAUAUGCGAAUGAAAGGAAAACGUUGUAAAUAAUUAAAAAGUGGUUGCAGGACAACUUAUACUCUACUCAGUAUUACAAUUACGCGAUUUAUUGUAAAAUGUACAAAAUGUACAAUAUUGUGAUAUAUAUAUUUCUAAAAUAGAUAUCUUCUUUGUGUGUUUGUGAUGAAGAAAAAUGUUAAUAUAUACAUUUGAAGGAUUUUUAACUUUUUUUGAUAUUGUUCUAAUUAAUUUUUUGUAAGUUAGUAAAUAACAUUUGAUAUACUUCGUUAAAUAGUUUGUAUGCAUGAGUGUGUGAAAAGGAAUUGUGGAAUUCUUAUUUACUUAAUGCAUAUGAAUGAAGCAAUUUUUGUAAAGCAAUAUAUACUAAUAAAUUCUUAUGUUUCUAUA